GGUGAUUCGCCGCAAUUCGCCAGCAGCAGAGGUCAAAAAGGUAAAAAGAAAACAAGUGGAAAGUGGCAAAAUUUCCUGUUUUUCUCACCUUCGUAGAGUCUUUCUGGCCAGAGGAAUGCGAGAGAUGCAGAAACAAAAUAUCCCGGACAAACCAAAUCCAGUUCGGAUGGGAAGUAUUGACGACAUAAACUUGGAUCAGUUCCUCAAGAUCACCAAUUACGAAGAUACAGUGAAGCAAUUGGACAUAUAUUAUGGAAUUGUGAAGCGUCAAUUACUUCAAUUCCAAAGCCCCAUCACCGGCCUCUUCCCAGUACUUACCACAGACACUGAAGUGGGCAGCAUCCGGGAUAGUGUGUACUGUGCUGCAGCCAUAUGGAGUCUCUAUCAAGCCUACAAGAGAAUCGACGAUGAUCGAGGUAAGUCCUAUGAGCUGGCCCAGUCAACAGUCAAGUGCAUGAGAGGAAUUCUUGAGUGUUGGAUCAAACAAGCACGCAGAGUGGAACUCUUCAAGUCUCGCCAAUGCAGUCAGCAUGCCCUGCACUGUAAAUUUCAUCUGUACACUGGAGAACAAGUUCUCCCGGAUGACAAGUACAAUCAUCUGCAAAUUGAUGUGGUGUCUGUGUACUUAAUCUUCCUGGUGCAGAUGAUAACGUCAGGGCUGCAGAUUGUUUAUACACAGGAUGAAGUGGCUUUUGUGCAGAACCUCGUGUAUUAUGUUGAACGAGCCUAUCGUACUCCGGAUUUUGGGAUCUGGGAGAGAGGAUCAAAGUACAAUGAUGGAACGCCAGAAAUUCAUGCUUCGUCCAUUGGAUUUGCCAAAUCAGCGCUGGAAGCUAUCAAUGGAUGCAAUUUGUUUGGGGAGAAAGGAGCCUCAUGGAGUGUGGUGUAUGUUGACAUUGAUGCCCACAAUAGGAAUCGCAGUAUUUUCGAAACGAUGCUUCCGCGAGAAUCUAGUUCCAAAGGAGUCGAUGCCUCACUCAUUCCCACCCUCUCCUUUCCCGCUUUCGCCUCCCACGAGGAGAGACUCGUGGACAUGACUAAGAAGAACGUAGUAACACGUUUGCGGGGUUCCCGGGGCUUCAAGAGAUUCAGCAGGGAUGGGUAUCUCAGUAAGAUUGAGGACAAGAGCAGAAGAUUCUACAAUCGAGGAGAAAUAAAGGAUUUCGAGGGUUAUGAAUGCGAAUGGCCACUCUUCUACAUAUACAUGAUCAUCGAUGGGGUCUUCAAGAACAAUCCUGACCAAAUUGAGGAGUUCCAGAAUGAAUUGAGAGGCUGCUUGUACAAAGAUUUGAAUGGCGAUCCUGUCGUUUCAAUGUACUUCCAGCCUGAUGGUGAAGGCGGCUACACACGAUCAAAUCCCAAUUCCCUCUUCCUCUGGGGUCAAUCUAUCUUCAUCAUAUCACAGUUGCUGACGGCUGGACUAUUGCAUAUCAACGAACUGGAUCCCAUUCGCAGAUACCUCCCCAGCUACAAUAGACCAAGGAAAGGCGGCAGAUAUUCAGCUUUUCAGGCCAAGCCGGGAAUAGGAACUGCAACAGAUCUCGUAGUACAAAUUGUUCUUAUAGCGGAAUCCAUGAGAUUGCAAGCUAUGAUGGCAACUUAUGGGAUCCAGACUCAAACACCUCAUGAGGUGGAACCUGUGCAAAUUUGGUCAUCGACUAAGUUAAUUCAAGUUUAUCAGCAAUUGGGUGUCAAUGAGAAAAUAGGCUUAACUGGAAGACCACCGAGACCAAUAGGUUCUCUAGGAACUUCCAAAGUGUACAGAAUUUGCGGAAUGACAGUGCUAUGUUAUCCAUUAAUCUUUGAAGUAUCGGACUUUUAUCUCUAUCGAGACAUGGCUCUUCUUAUUGAUGACAUUAAGACGGAAUUGCAAUUUGUGGGGAAAUAUUGGAGGCUUUCCGGAAGGCCAACAGUUUGUUUGCUCAUUCGUGAGGAGCACAUGCGUGAUCCGCAAUUUAAGGAAAUGCUGGAUUUGCUGGCGAUGCUCAAGAAAGGUUACUGUGAUGGGAUGAAAGUCCGAAUUGGACGACUGCAGAAUUUAAUUUCGAGCUCGUGUAUUGAGCACUUGGACUUUAUGUCACAGUCUGAACUCCCAGAAAGCUGUGAGGCAUUCAGUCAAAUGACACAUGAAUACAUUGGCUAUCAGAGUCUCACGGAUAUCCCAAAGGCUUUAACCUAUGUCGAUGAGAGAAUGUCCAUGAAGGAAUUCAAUCAUCGACCAAAUGAAGAUGUCAUCGAUGCCAUCAGACGUACAACAUCUCUCUUUGGUCUCGUUCAACUCUUGGAGAUUCUUAUGAAGCGCCAAGAGAUGGAUUUUGAAAUUGACGGGAGGACACUGUAUCAGUGCAUCACGGAUCUCUACUACCGAGCCGGAUCACUGAGAUAUUGGCGUGUAGUGAGAUACUGCAGUUCUCUGUUGCAUCACAUUGUCGAUUCCAUUUCUCCCUUCAUCACAACAGUCCUAGUCAAUGGGAAACAAUUGACUGUGGGUAUUAUUGGGCAAAAAGAAACGGUUUUUGAUAAACCAAUGACACCAGCUGAAAUCCAAGAAGUCAUGUAUACAUCCGUUCAGCCUCUCAAUGUUAUCCAUGCGGUACUUCAGCAAGAAGUAGUCCUCUACUGUGGACGUCUUAUUGCCACAACUCCAGAAAUGUUUCGUGGCAUUCUCAAGAUUCGUGUUGGAUGGGUGCUUGAGGCAAUGAGGCUCUACUUGCACAUUUCUAAUGCAGCUCAAGGGACAGAUCUAGAGAAUUUGUCUCCCUACGAAGUACGUCAAUUGCUCCAUCACGUUCUCACAGUUCGACAAUGGGCCAAAGAAGAAAACUUAUCUACGUUUCAACGGCGUCAGCUCGAGGGAUGCCUGUGUCGUGUUCCUGACCAAUUCUACAAUUGGGUUUGGGAUGUCCUUCAGCGAACACCUGAAGGAAUUCACGUACAAGGGCAUCAUUUGCCGGCAACGCCAACCCUCACGAGCAUGAGUCGCAGUGAAUUGUCCUUUUCACUUCUCGUGGAGGAAACUCUCAUUCACAUCGAAUUGCCGGAACGGCGUCAAUUGACAGUUGAGCUGCUGGGAAUUGUGGCAAAGAUCCUCAGUCGAAAUCCCGAAUUGCAAUUUCAGCAAGUUCUCGAUCUCGAUAAAUUACUCGAAAGUGCCUUCAAUAUGUACUGCAAGGACAAUCGCAAAGAGAUCUCCAAGGACAUCUCUCCACUGUACUCCCUCAACUACUCCGAGACCACUGGCUACUUAGCCAGAGCUGCAGUGAAUACCGUACUGCAGGGAGGUGCACUGACUCCAGCAAUGAGUGAUGAAAUGUGCAAAGUAUCCUAAAUAACCUCAACACUAAAUUUUUUCCCCCGAAUUUCAACUUUUGAGCAUUAUUUGUUAUAUUUUUUUUGUUGUUGUCUGUUUGCCAAAAAAAUAAAAAAUGAGUUUUUCAAAAUAUAGAGAUGCAAAAAAAAAACAAA